CAUCGUGUUGGAAAAGGGCAGCAUAUGCACGAGUGUACUCCUUAUCUGCUCAACACAGUUAAUUUAAACAGCAUGCUAUACCUACUUUUAAUUAUUUCAUUUCUUUCACCGGAUUUCGUGUAUUCGGGAACAACUAGUUGUCGGGAUGCAUGGGUUGUGUACUAUGGUUCGUGUUACCUGUUUGCACAUGAUCAGUUACUGACAUUUACAGAAGCUGAGGAGUUUUGUAAACACCACUCUUCUCAUCUGGUACACAUCGACAAUGAGCACGAAAAUAACUUCCUUAGACAAUUCGUCAUUCAUUUCCGUACAAACGCUUGGUGGAUAGGCUUAACUGACGUACUCGUUGAAGGCGAAUGGCAAUGGAUAGAUACAAACACCGAUGCAAAAUACUUGCAAUGGGGACCGAACGAACCUGAUAACGUAGCAGUUGAAGAGGACUGUGCGGCUAUUGCUUUAAGUCAAGGUUUACAUGGAUUAAAUUGGGCAGACACUGUUUGUUCCAACAAACUUCAACCAAUAUGUGAAGAAAACGUUUCAACGGAGAAUGAAAUCAUUGGCUGAAAAACAACUUUACACGACUGUUCAUUAAUAAAUAGCUGAUAAAAUUUAUUUUGUAUUCCCAUUGAGAUUGUUGAAAGUAAAAAACACUGAAGUCUU